AUGUCUGGGGCUGCUCAACCAGCAGCAACCUCACCACUGGCCAGCAACCCGGCACCAGUAGCACCUGUGGCACCUCCUGCUGCGGCCGCCGCUCCCCCUCCAGCCAAUGUACAGGGUGGAAGUGGUGGGAACCAGAACCCUCCGCCUCCCGCGGCCCGCGCUCCCGCUCCAGGAGACUCAGACAGUUCUGACAGUUCAGACUCGGAACCAGAAGGUGGUGAUAGAAGAGGCUGGCGGAGAUAUCUUAAGAAGAAGUUGAAGAAGCAACAGAAGGAUCUGUUUGCUAUGAUGUCCCAGCAGUACCAACCUCCGGCCACCCCUCACCCUUCUACUUCUACCAGGGCCCGAGAGCCAAAGGCACCACCCCCCUCCAAGUUCCAAGGCAAAGCGGAGCAAGUGGAGACCUUCAUCCGGCAAUGCGAGAAUGUGUUCUCCAUUGAGAGCCUGUCCUUUACCUCUGAGGAGGUUAAGAUCCGAUAUGCAGGCAACUUGAUGGAAGGAGAGGCAGCGAUCCGAUGGUAUGAGGCAUACCACAACUCAAUUGAUCAAGCCUCCGCCAACCGCCUUGCUGGAAUACCGGUGACUUUGGAUCUGAGAUGGAAGCGCUGGGAUUCCUUUGUGGAUGCUUUUAGAGCAGCCUUCGGUGAAGCCAUCUCUAGAGAUGAUGCUGUAGCCCAAUGGAAUACUCUUACCCACACCGGAAAAGGAGGAAUAGACCUCUUCCUGAAUACCAUUAUUCAGCUGAUGUGGAAGACUGGCUAUGAGGGUCAGUUGGUGGAUGACAAGAUCAACAAUUCCCUCCUUGCGGACCUAGGCAUGAGUUGGGCUCUUUUUAAUCCCAAGCCAAAGUCCUUGAUGGAGCGGAUAGCUGCUCUAAGAGAGUUAGGGCACACCCAUGAGAGGUACCAAGGGAUGGCAGCUGAGAAAGCGCCCCCUCGGACCAAGAAGGAUCCUCCCGCUCAGAAGGACCAGCAGCCUAAGAGGAAAAGAGAAGCUGCGAGCUCCUCCGGACCUCAGAAGACUCCAGGACCUAAAGACAAAGCGGUGGAACUGAAGGGUAUCCCGGGGGAUAUUCUAGAAGAAAGAAGGAAAGCAGAAGUAUGCUUGAAG